AUGGGCGGCCAAGUAUCCAAGAUAAUGGGGAAGAUUUUCGGGACGAAAGAAAUGCGAAUCCUGAUGCUGGGUUUAGACGCUGCCGGAAAGACCACAAUCCUCUACAAGCUUAAACUCACCAACCAGGAGGUGACAACCAUCCCCACGGUUGGCUUCAACGUCGAGAGUGUCACCUAUAAGAAUGUCAAGUUCAACGUAUGGGAUGUGGGUGGUCAGGACAAGAUCCGCCCGCUUUGGAGACACUACUACUCGGGCACGCAAGGUCUGAUCUUCGUCGUCGAUUCCAGCGACACCGCUCGACUGGACGAGGCCCGCUCGGAACUGCACAAAAUCAUCAACGAUCGCGAAAUGAAGGACGCCCUCUUGCUGGUGUUUGCGAACAAACAGGACGUCCCCGGCCAUUUGAGCCCUGAGGAGGUGACCAACGCCCUCCAGCUCAACCGCCUGAAGGACAAGCUGUGGUAUGUGGCUCCCAGUGUGGCGACUGAGGGCACCGGUAUCUUUGAAGGACUCGCCUGGCUCUCCAACAACGUCAAGACCCCGCCGCAGAAAUAA